AUGGGUUCGUCAAGUCGACUAGGUUUCCUGGGACUUAUCCUGCUUCUUACGACAGUUGAAAUCAAUGCUGGCUACUGGAUGUGUGAUUGGGUUAAUAAUCGCGGUUGGGUAUACUGCGAACGUGGUUAUUGCAAUAGUUUUGGUCGCAAACGAAAUCUCGAUAUUGUUCGACAAAAAAUGGAUUUCAUCCAAAAUGACGAUGGUGUUUUUUGUGCAAACAAGCAAUUUUGCUUUGCAUGCCGCCCUAUUGAUGAUGGCUCAUGUUAUUUAACCCUUUUACAGAAUUAUUCUCCUUCGAGUGAUUCAAAAUUAUACAAGAAAAGAUCGGAAGAAGCUUGUGGAUAA